AAAUAACAAAGAUAACUGUUUAUAACAAUGGAGGACCCUUUCCAGAGUAACGCCUUCACACCUGACUCAACACAAGGAAACAGCUUGCUGGCAGGACAGAUAACUCUGGUCAUAGAUCACAGCACAAACCCUCCGGUUGUAACAGCCCAUUUCCAGCAGCCUCCUAAUCAUCCCAAUCUCCCACAUCACCAUCUUCAUCAUCACCAUCAACCCAUUCCUUCUCAUCCUCAAACCCAUCAACAUGCUAUCUAUGGCACAUUGUUGUCUACCAAAGGUCAGCCCCCUCAGCCACCACCAGUGCCACAAAUCUGGGCAGUAUGCCCCCCACCAGGGUACAUCUAUGUGGCUGCACCAGCACCAGCACCUGCAACCAACAUUACCAUGGCACCUAUUGACACAACACUGAACACUGGCAAUCCAGCUGUUCCAUUGGAGGAGGCUAAAGGAAGCCCUGCAACAGAAGCUACAAAAAAUAAACAGGAGGAAGCGGAGCAGGGAAGAGGGGAGACAACAAAGAAGAUGGCCAUCUUUGGAGAGGUUGGUGACAGUAGUGAUGGCGUGAACAGUGAAAAGAUAGAAGGUGAAAAGAGGGAUGGUGAAAGUGUAGAGGAGAGUAAUCCUAGUCCUGUGAAGUGUGCUGUGAAGGAGGUGGUUCAAUGUGCAAGGAGAGAUGCUGCAGAUGGAGGUGGGGACAGAACAGGUUCAGACAUUUCAUCUUCCAGGAAGCAGGAAGGUAGCAUUAAGGGGGCUAAGUUAGAGGCGGGGCCUACCCCAAAGGCUCCCCGAACACCCCAACCUCCAAGGAGCCGUCUGGGUCAUCAGAUGAUGCAGUCUGUUCAGGUCUUCCACAAACUCGGGGUCAAAGCUCAGACGUCCAAUCAGUCCAACCAGUCCAUUCCCAAUGAACAAAUUACAGAAGAAAAAGUCAUUUUGAUGGACCAGGACCUGCUAGACUUUGAGACAAUUCAUGUUACCGUAGCAAACUGUAACUCCUCAGUGGUGGAAAAAAGAAUACGAGAUGAUGUAGAUACUAUUGGGGCAUCCCAAGCUGAACAUCCUUCGUCUGCAAAACCAACGGUCUUUGACAACCCAAUAACACUUGACAACCUUUCACAGAAGUCUGCUAGCUCCACAACCAAGUUCGUCUCCCCAUCCUGUCAGAGUAGGCAACCAACUUCAUUAGGGGGAACAAUCCAUAGCGACCCCACACACUCUCAACCCUUCGCACCACCCACUACCCACAACCACACCCUGUUCAAAGCCCCCAACCCUCACCUAAGGAGAAGGUACCGUGGUUUUCGCCAUCAGUUUCCCUCAUUACCCAACACGUACCAUCACCCAACCCCUCCUGGGCAGCAUGGGAGGUUACCCCCCCCUGAUUCCCUCUACUUCCCCAACCCGUGGCAGGCCUCGGUGCCCAUCUCUCUGUGGCAGAGGGAGGAGAGGGAGGACAUGAAGAGGAAGACCCAGCAGCAGAGAGAAAGGGUGUCCCGGGUUACCAAACAGGGCUGGGACCACAACGUGUUCAUCAACAGGGAGCAGUACACUCUGGAGAACUACCCGAGUAGUCCCACAGUACCCAUCCUGAAGGGCACCAUGAGUGCCUGGAAAAAACUAAUGGAGAUCUGGAAUAAAUGAAUGGCUAUUUU